UCGACCAAAAAAACCGGACAAAGUAAAAUAAAGAAAAGAGCAAAGUCAGAUUGGCCGCCACACAUAGAAAUAGCAACAAUGGAGCCUUCUUUGGACAAUUACAAGCUGAGCUGUGAACUUUUAGGACACAGCAUGGAUGUUCGGGCGGUGGCAGCUGGAGCUGUCACACCUUUAGGAGGGCAAGUAAUUCUGUCUGGGUCGCGCGAUAAAAGUACCAAACUAUGGAAGCCAAGCGGAAACGAGUAUAUUGAGAGUGUAACUCUACAGGAUCAUAAAAAUUUUAUCUCAUUUAUUUACUACCUCGCAAAGGAACAAUGGAUUUGCACGGCCAGCAACGAUGCCACCAUUUGUAUUUACAAAGAAGACGAAAGCUUAAUUCCCCUUCUCACGCUAAAGGGUCACGAAUCGACGGUAUGUACUGUAGCAGGUGCAUUGAAACCGAGAAGCCUCAUAAGCGGCAGUUGGGAUAAAACAGCGCGCGUCUGGACUAUUGGCGAAACCGGCGAAGUGACAUUUAUUACGCUUCAGGGGCAUGAAGCGGCUGUCUGGGCAGUAGCCACACUGUAUGACCAAUCGAAGUAUGUUACAGCCGGGGCCGACAAGUGCAUUUACUAUUGGAAUGAAAGUGGCGACAAAUUAAGACUGCUCAAGGGACACACAGACUGUGUACGCUCUCUAAUUUCACUGCCGGCAAAUUCAUUGCUCUCCUGCGGCAAUGAUGCUGUCUUACGCUUCUGGAACGAGGACGGCGAGUGUGUGCGUCAAUUGAAUGGCCACACCAACUAUAUCUACGCCAUGGCUACUAAUGAGGCUCUCGGUGAGCAUAUUGUGGUUUCAUGCGGAGAGGAUAGUACGCUACGCAUGUGGAAUGUCAUUACUGGGAAGGAACUUGGUGCGCCCAUCUUACAUCCAGCUAUUUCGGUGUGGUCGGUAACCUGUCUGCAAAACGGGGACAUUGUAACUGGCUGCAGCGAUGGCAUUGUCCGAGUGUUUAGCCAGGAUCCAGCUCGUCAGGCCAAUAAGAUCCUAAGACAAGCCUUUGAUCUAGCCGUAGCCACAAGAAAAUCGGAAAUGAACGAAGAAAUCGGAGGCAUUAAAAAGACAGAUCUUCCGGGUCCUGAAGCCUUGCUUUCAAAUGGUACACGCGAUGGUCAAACGAAAAUGGUGAGGUAUCCCGAUGGUUCUGUCAAAUGCUACAGCUGGGAGUUGGGAAAAUGGAAUCUAGUGGGUGAUGUUACCGGUGCCACUGGCGGAACACAAACUAGUUCGGGCAAGAAACUGCAUGAGGGCAAGGAAUAUGAUUAUGUCUUUAGUGUCGACAUAUCCGAUACGGAGCCACCCAUUAAGUUGCCUUACAAUCGCGGCGAAGAUCCUUGGCAAGCAGCCCAAUCCUUUAUUCACAAAAAUAAUCUACCACAAGCCUAUUUGGAUCAGGUGGCAAAUUUCAUAGUGAAGAAUUCGGAAAAUUCUACGGUGGUGACGCAACAAACAUCAACCGGUUAUCAGGACCCAUUUACAGGUGGUUCACGGUAUGUGCCCGGCUCUAGUAAUACGAAUCUCGGUGGCGGUGGAAAUAUGGAUCCAUUUACCGGAGCUUCGAGCUAUUCAACAACAAGCAGCAGCAGCGCCCAGCCCAAAAUCGAUGUAAAUUUUGUACGAUCCGGCGAUAAGCAUUUUCCGGUCACCAGCUAUCGUACUUUUGACACUUGCGAUGCCAACAAAGUGCUAGAGAAAAUGAGAGAGUUCAACAAUAAACUUACUCUCGCGGAGGGCAAAGUGGGCGAAGAACUAUUGCUGGCAGUCGUUAAACUUGCAGAUCAAUCUCCUGAAUUGGACUUGACUUCUCUUGACGCUUUGAUGUUGCUACUUAAAUGGCCAGCUGGAAUGCUGUUUCCAGUUAUUGAUGUUGUACGCUUGGCUGUACGCAACGAGGCUAUCUUUAGUGCUCUCAAUACCAGUCACAAUUUCCUGAAUACCGUGCUGCCGCACUUAAGUGGAUCGGCUGCCAAUCAAUUGAUGGUUGUACGAUGCCUGGCUAAUGCCUUGACCCAUCAAUCUGGACGUCAGCAGAUCGAAACUUUGUUCCCAAAAAUUAUCGAGCUUGUAGGCGGUAUUCGGGCUGGAAGCCCCAAUCUACAGAUUGCCGUUUCCACUUUCUAUCUGAAUGUAACAAUUGCUCAGACCAUGGGUCGGACAAAUCCAGAUAUAUGUCAUGCCGUAACCACCGGAGUUGUAGAGUUGUUUAAAUGGGCAAAGGAUUUAGAGUCCUGUUAUCGUUCGGUGGUUGCCAUUGGCAAUUUAACCACAACAUCAUGCGGCCAGGAAACCAUUGCACAGGUUGUCUCUGUGGACUAUGUAAUGGAUAAAUUACGUGAGUUGACCAACACACCUCAAGGCGAGAAUUUUAGCAAGCUUAACUCGGCAGGACAGGCUCUAUUGGCUGCAUUUUGAGAACCAAGUCUAAAUUGUAUAUUGGUGUUCGAUUUUUCCUAAUUAAAUACAUAUAAAUUUAAAUAAA